AUGGCUACUAAAAAUGGCGGUUUUCGAGGAGGUUCCUUAAAGCCGUCUUCUGCUACUAAUCAUAAGUCUUCUUCCUUCAAAUCUAAGCCUCCUGUUCGUCGUACCGCCUCUCUUGGUGGUGCAGCCGCCGUCGCUGCUAGAGAUUUUUCCGACGCUCCAGGCAGAGUACGAGUAGCUGUUAGACUGAGGCCUAAAAAUGCAGAGGAAUCAGUUACAGAUGCAGAUUAUGCUGACUGUGUAGAGUUGCAACCAGAGCUCAAGAGGUUGAAGCUUCGUAAAAACAAUUGGGACUCAGACACUUAUGAAUUUGAUGAAUUGCUCACUGAGUUUUCAUCCCAGAAGCGUGUCUAUGAAGUUGUUGCAAAGCCUGUGGUUGAGAGUGUGCUUGAUGGUUACAAUGGAACCGUGCUGGCUUAUGGCCAAACCGGUACAGGAAAAACUUUUACUCUUGGAGAGUUGGGAGAAGAAGAUGUUUCUGAUCGAGGUAUCAUGGUCCGUUCCAUGGAGGAUAUCCUUGCUGACAUCUGUUUAGAUACUGAUUCAGUCUAUGUAUCAUACAUACAGCUUUAUAUGGAGACUAUUCAAGAUCUUCUUAAUCCUGCAAAUGACAAUAUUCCUAUCACAGAGGAUCCCAGAACAGGAGAGGUUUCUUUGCCUGGUGCAACUGUUGUUGAGAUAAGAGAUCAAAACAGCUUUCUUGAUCUCCUGCGAUUAGGGGAAGCUCAUCGUUUUGCUGCUAAUACAAAGCUGAAUACAGAAUCUUCUAGGAGCCACGCCAUCCUUAUGAUACAAGUUAAGAGGUCCAUUGGAGGAGGAGAGCCUUCUUCUAGUGAGGAUGAGAACCAAUCAGUGAAAAACUGUGAUCCACCAAUACUGCGGAAGGGCAAGUUGGUGGUGGUAGAUCUUGCUGGUUCUGAGCGUGUUCACAAGUCAGGAAGUGAGGGCCAUACCUUGGAGGAAGCAAAGGCUAUCAAUCUCUCUCUUACUGCAUUAGGAAAAUGUAUCAAUGCACUUGCAGAGAAUAGCCCUCAUGUUCCAGUACGUGAUUCCAAACUCACGAGGUUGCUUAGAGAUUCAUUUGGAGGGUCUGCGAGAACAUCCCUGGUUGUAACAAUUGGUCCUUCACCCCGGCAUCGUGGAGAGACUACAAGCACUAUAUUGUUUGGGCAAAGAGCCAUGAAGGUUGAGAACAUGCUGAGAAUAAAGGAAGAAUUUGAUUACAAAAGUUUGUCCAAAAGACUUGAGGUACAACUGGACAAACUUAUUGCUGAGGGAGAAAGGCGGCAGAAAGCAUUUGAUGAUGAAGUCAGAAAAAUAAGUCUAGAAGCUGAGAACCAUGUCUCUGAAGUUGAAAGGAAAUUUUCUAAUGAAUUAGAGAAAGAAAGAACAAAGUGUCAAAUGGAUUAUUUAGAGUCCAUAAAGAAGCUUGAGGAGAAGUGGAUUACGAAUCAGCAAAACCAGCAGAAGAAUGGGUUCAGCAAUGGUCCAUGUGAUAGAGAGGAACAAAAUGUGUCUCUAUCAGAAGAAGUUGCUGAAAUUAAAAAGCUUCUUCAAAAUGAAACUCAAUUACGAAAGGCAGCUGAAGAGGAGGCCAAGAACUUGAAAAAUCAACUAUCUCAGUUGACAUCUUCAGAGGGAGGUGGAACUGCUGAAUUUGUUAGACUUCACCAGAUGCUGGAAGAUGAAGCUUAUGAGAAGAAAAAGCUUCAAGAAGAAAUCACAUCUUUACAAAGCCAGUUGUUGCAGCUUACGUUUGAAGCCGAUCAGAUGCGGAAGUACAUUGAAAGGCUUGAAUCAGGAAAUGGAUCUCGUCCCCAAUCACUCACGUCCCCAAGUAGACAAUCCCAAAACAAAGACAGAGAAAAUGGACCCAAGUCAUCAUUUAAUUCACUCUUUGAACAAGUUGGAUUGCAAAGAAUCUUAUCGAUGCUUGAGUCGGAGGAUGCCAAUACACGUAUUCAUGCAGUGAAAAUUGUGGCUAACCUUGCUGCUGAAGAAACAAACCAAGAGAGGAUUGUGGCUGCUGGUGGGCUCACUUCCUUGUUAAUGCUUCUUAGAAGCUACGAAGAUGAAACUGUUCGCCGUGUAGCAGCUGGAGCAAUUGCCAAUCUUGCAAUGAAUGAAGCCAAUCAAGAACAUAUAGUUGCUGAAGGUGGAAUUAGUCUCUUAUCAAUAACAGCUGAUGAUGCGGAAGAUCCACAGACUCUUCGCAUGGUUGCUGGAGCAAUGGCUAAUCUGUGCGGGAAUGAUAAGCUACAGGUCAAGCUACGAGCUGAGGGUGGUAUCAGGGCAUUGCUUGGGAUGGUAAGAUGUAGACAUCCUGAUGUUCUUUCUCAGAUUGCACGUGGAAUAGCAAACUUUGCUAAAUGUGAAUCUCGGGGUGCAACUCAAGGGUCAAAAACUGGAAAAUCUUUACUGCUCGAGGAUGGUGCACUUCCUUGGAUUGUACAAAAUGCCAAUAAUGAAGCUUCACCGAUCAGGCGGCAUAUUGAGCUUGCAUUGUGCCACUUAGCUCAGCAUGAAGUAAAUGUUAAAGAUAUGAUUGCUGGGGGAGCACUCUGGGAGCUGGUACGCAUAUCCCGGGACUGCUCACGGGAAGACAUUAGGACUCUUGCCCGUCGAACCCUUAUUUCCAGCCCCACUUUCCAAGCAGAGCUGAGUCGGUUACGGGUGGAGAUAUAAUCUUGAUGAUGAUUAUAUAUUCUCACCCAUAAAGUGAAUCCAGAUAGGAUUCUCCGGAUGCAGUGCAGUGCCUCUAGUAUUAUGAAGAGGAAAUAUACAACGCCAAACAAGUCAGUACGGAGUUUUUCGCUAGUCUGACGCAUACACAGUGGUGGUGGUCAGUUUUGUAAUCCUAUAGUUAAUGUAUACCGUUUCGAAGGGGGAGCUCCCCUGCCACCCGCCACACCUGAAAUGAUUCUCACUGGGUUCUUGUGGAGUUGUGGUUACCGCCAUGGGAUUCCCAGAUUACAUCUAUGAAAGUAAAAAAAGUAGUACUAAUAUCAUUAUUGAGGUCUCGCCUAGUGUAUUGUACGGAAUAGCAUUUUAUCUAAUUUUCAUUUCAUAAUUGUGUAAAUUCUAAUGUAAAUUUUUCCAUUUUUUUCCCUAUACAAGUCUAAGGUUGUGUUCUCUUCAACUAAAAUAAGGUCAUCUAAUUCCAUUUCUAAGUUAUAUAGUCUAAUCUUGUCUCUUGAUUUAACGAAACUUUGAUUGUAUUUGUGCUCCAAUAUACAUAUGAAGUGUAAUAUAUCAAGUAGGAUUUUUUUUU